GGCGGUGUAGUUGACAGUUGAAUUUGUCUGUUUUCAGCAGUACAGCGAAAGAGAGUAGCGUGUGGUUGUUUGUCAAUGUAGAUAAAGGACACCUGUGUGAAAACAAAUAGCAGUAUUGAAUGUGAUCAUGUUACAUUGUCAGUGAGUUCGGUACAAGACUUGUGAAGUUUUGUGUGGCCGAUAAGAGUGGCCGGUGACGGCACCAACGACGGCUGGAAAAUCGAUCUCGAAUCCUACACACUCCUACAUACACACAUACAUUUACAAACUCCUCCCUCACCCUGAACAUCCCUCUCCUUCUCGGAAACUACCAUUCGCACAGCAAACAGCUGGUAGUCUCAAAUCCACAAAAUUCGUCGCAGUUCCGGUACAAAUUUGUCACUUUCAUUUUUGGUUUGCAUCGAAAAUCAGUUUGUCACAAAACGAGAAAUUAUCCUCUGUAUAAUUACCGCUUAUGACACACUCACAAUUCUUAACCUCUAACUGCAAAUUACUCGGUAACAUGCGUUGAUGACUGAGUUCGAAGUCAGACAAGUGAGCGGAAACUGCGAUGGCUUCCAGUGAACUGUAAAUAAUAGCAUUGCUGCGUUAAUCGUUCCAGACACAUGAAAAUCACUUCAUCCCGUGAACCAGCAAUGCACGGGGUGUGGAACCCAGCUUCGUUAUGGAUCAGUGUUUUCAUCAGUUUAUGGCUAAUUGUUGGGUGUCAAGGAAAUGGAAAUAUUGGGUGUCUGUUCAGCGGCAGUCUGUGCAGUGAUCGUCUGGAAUGGUGUUAUAAUGAUUAUGCACUGGGACGAUGUCUUCAACUGUACUCGAGCUUUGGGGAGGAUGAGAAAUACAGGUAUGACCUAAAUCGACAAGAUCUCCACGCUCUAGAACGAGAAAUGCAGCGUCUCUUCACACUGGGAUAUCGAUGGAGCCACACCUACACUCAGUGCGUUCUCCAGGGCCUCCUCCAUGCCAUUCGAUAUGAGUUGGACUAUGACCGCGGGAUAUGUGACCAUCUGAUAGACCAAGAUCUAGAAGCGGCGCUUAAAGCCAUCGAAGGAGAUGAACAGCUCGAACCAUACAACCUGGCUUACGUCUCAUUCACUCCCAGCGCAUCGAAUCCUCACACUGAAUUUGCUGAUGAAGUCUACUUUCCUCCUCGGAUGGAUGAGGAUGUUGAACAAGAUCUAGCGGCAGGUCCAGUUAUCAAAGCCGAGGAAAGUCACCGUCCAGCACAAGUUCGACAUCAUUCCCUGAAGUCUUUGCUUCUCGCAAAGAAAUCAUAUCCUACCAAAAGAGGCCAAAAUAAUCGACGUUCAUCUCCACUAAGCACACGGUCCGUAUUUCUGGCAUCUCUACUGAAACCUUCUGAUGCUAAGGAGGGUGUAUUCAGCGAACAUUACAACACACCAGAUAGUUUUAGAGAAGGCCUCGAAACGCGAGAUGAAGAGGAGGUUCGAGAUAAUCAAGCCAUAUCUAAUGAAGAAAAUACUGGUAAAUUCGCAGCAGCAAGGAGUCAAUUUUCUCGCAAUUAUAAUACACCUGAGUCUUUUCGUGAAGGCAUUGAAACACGGGAUGAAGUUGAUGAUAAAGACAUAGUUAAUGUAUCCCUUGAACAGUUCACCAGACAGUACAACACUCCCGAUAAAUUCCGUGAAGGAUUUGAGUCACGGGAUAUUAAUCUGGUUGAAACAAGAAAACAGAAUUUAAUACCUCCUGAUGAAAUUAUCUAUGAACUGAAUGAUAAUAAUGAUGUGGCAGAUGAUUCACCUGGCAGACUCUUAGGAUUAGGAAGGGAUCCAACAACACCAGAAGAUGAAAUUUUACCAGAAGAAUUCCGCGCUCAGGAAAGAGAAAAUGGCAAUUCCAGUCCUGAAAUUAAGGAUCUAGCAAACAUAUAUUACAAUACAGACAAUAGAUUUCCAAUAAUUCCAGAGGGGAACGUCAUUUCAGAAGGCAGUACGAUGAAUCACAGAGCAGAUUCAGAAGGAAAGGCGUACACAGAAGGAGGACUUGUGUAUCUACCUAAACAAAGUAGAGGUUCUAGUGAACCAGCACAUUCAGGUGUUCAGGAGCCAGAUGACCUCCAGGAUGCGCUUGACGAUGGACUUGAUGCCCUGCUUGAUGAGUAUGACGCGCUGGAUAGAGGAUUCAAACGCAAGGAGCGAUUGGAUGUGAAGAAACCAGGACCUUUCUUCAGCACCAACAACUAUGCCUUCCAGCACACUCCUGCAUCUGGAGAACAUGACAUUAAACAAACUCGGGGCACUUCAAAAAAUGCGUCUUCUUCCAUCACUAAAGAUGUGGAUGGCAGCGACAAAAAGACAGCUGAAGCAUCAUCUCCUUUAUUAGCCGAAGAUGAUAACAAUAAGGAUUCUGUCAGCUUUCAAGAGCAAGACCAUGGAUCACUUGUUGCCUACCAGAAGAAGGAACUUCCAGCAGUUGACGCAAUGGAACCCACCUCAGAGUCUGGCAAAUAUGCUAUAGUUGACACCACUUACGCCUAUGUGGGUUUCAAGGAUGGGAUUCGGACCUGGAAUGAAGGUAGACAUAUCGUGAACAAAGUGGAGGAACUUCUGGGACUGGAUAAUGAUACUCUCACCCACAUUAGAGUUGACAGGAAUGAGGUGACCUUCAAAGUUGAACCAAACAAUUUAGGACUAAAUGCUUCAGACGUAGCUAAGAGAAUUGAGGCCAUUAAGGAUGAACUGAAGAAGAGGGCUCAUGUGGAAGUGACAGCAGCUGGCGUGGGGGACAAGACGAAGCUGCCGACAGUCCUCAGAGCGAAUCCCGACACGGAACAUGAGCUAUACGUAGCAACGUUCCUGCUGUGCGGCGUGAUAGCAGCAGUGCUGAUAGCAGCCGCUGCCCUUUAUGUCAUUCGCCGCCAUGCCCGCUCCAGAGAGAAGUUGCAGAACCUCACAGCCCCCGACACUGAGGCCAGCAAGGACUACCAGGAACUGUGCCGCGCAAGAAUGGCGACCAAGACCCAGCAGGACAAGCCGGAGCCAAUCCACGUAGGGCAAAGGAUUGCAAGCCUGUCCAGGGAGUCUGAGGGCUCCAACAAUAGCCCUUCCUCCAGGUCCAGCACCUCGUCAUGGAGUGAGGAACCAGCACUCACCAACAUGGACAUUUCAACUGGUCACAUGGUUCUGUCAUACAUGGAAGACCACUUGAAGAACAAGGACCGUCUGGAACAAGAGUGGGUUGCUCUCUGUGCCUAUGAGGCAGAGCCCUGUGCCACAACGAUAGCUCAAAAAGCAGAGAAUAUGAAGAAGAAUCGCUACCCAGAAGUUCUGCCAUAUGACCACGCUCGAGUUGUGCUCAAUGAUCUUGCCAACAUCUCAGGCUCUGACUACAUCAAUGCAUCCACAAUUACGGAUCAUGACCCACGUAAUCCGGCCUACAUUGCUACUCAAGGUCCACUGCCCCACACUGCUCCAGACUUCUGGCAGAUGGUGUGGGAGCAAGGGAGUGUUGUCAUGGUUAUGCUUACACGCCUCACUGAGAAUGGGACAGCCAUGUGCCACCGCUACUGGCCCGAGGAGGGUUCUGAACUCUACCAUAUUUAUGAGGUACAUCUUGUAAGUGAACACAUCUGGUGUGAUGACUACUUGGUACGCAGCUUCUACCUGAAGAAUCUCAAGACGGGUGAAACUCGCACGGUCACACAGUUCCAUUUCCUAUCCUGGCCUGUUUCUGGUGUGCCUCUCUCCACUAAGGCUCUGCUUGAGUUCCGCAGGAAGGUGAACAAGUCUUACCGUGGCCGAUCCUGCCCCAUCGUCGUCCACUGCAGUGAUGGGGUAGGUCGCACUGGCACAUACUGCCUUAUUGACAUGGUCCUGAACCGCAUGGCUAAAGGCGCUAAGGAGAUUGACAUUGCCGCAACACUGGAACACAUCCGUGACCAACGUCCCCAAAUGGUAAAGACAAAGCAGCAAUUCGAAUUAGUACUGACGGCAGUUGCAGAAGAAGUUCAUGCAAUUCUCAAGGCCCUGCCUCCACAGCAGCAGCAGCAGCCUUCAUCAGCAGCAUCUGUAUCAGCAGCCACAUCAUCCCAACAGCAGCAAUAACUUUGUAGCACCAAAAGUUAUUACAGGUAUGAUAUGCUAUAACCGUGGCUAUCCAGUGGCUCACAGAGGAAAUGGCUUGAAGUACUAAUGUCCUAUAUGUGUUUCCUUCACUCGGGUCCUUGGUUCCUUUCAGUCAUUUGUUAUUCACCUUCUGGUCUUGGAAUUAUUACAUUACUGUGUCAUUUAUAUAAUGGUAAUGGUAAUGGUUUAUGUAUGGCAGUUGAACAUAAAGAAUUGUUCAAGUUCUCUUAAAAUGCCAACUUAUGAGGCAUGUAUUUAUUUCUCCUAAAACAAUGUUCACCUUCAUAAUGUCUCUGUAUUUUCUCACUGGGAAUACCAAAGCUACAUUUAAAGUGUUUGUUGUUAGUGUUGAAUAUCAAGUAAAGAAUUACUUUCCUCAGUGAGUAGCAAUUUUAUGCAUGUGUAUAGUAAUGAUAUUGAUAAUGUAAUGAAUCCAUCAAAUUAAAUAUUUAAGUUGGGUUCAAACAUCAUCUCCACAGAAUAAUUUUCAUAAUAAACAUCCUGUUAUGAAACAGUUCACUGAAGUAAUACCCCAUUGUCAGUUUUUUGUACUAAAUAUGAUAUUUUAUGCACAUGCUAACAGUACCGAUUUUUUCCAUAACAUACCCGAUCAGCAGAUUUAAUUAAUGUUUCUCUGAGACAUGCAGUAAAGUCUUUAUUGACUUUUUCUUUAUUAGAUACAUUUUCCUAAACAGUUAUCAAUGGUUCAUGGCCAAAAGACCAGCAGAAUUGUUACAUGUUAAAAUAUAAUUAAAUUCAUUUCUCUGUUUCAUUUAGUAAAGUAGGUAGUGUUGGUAGCAUGGAAAUAUUCCCCGGGGCCAAUAUGGACGUAAUGGUUAUUGAUAUACUAACAUUUCUGGUUACUCCAUAUUACUUAAUGUAAAACAAAGCUGCUUGUAUCUGAAAAUAUGCAUAAUUUAUUCAGAUAUAUUUACACAUUUGAGUCUUGAUAUAAAUGAAACAAUUUAAUUACCCACUAAUUAUUCAAGGUGGAGAAUAUGUUGUUAUUUUCCAUGCAAUUCUGGAAAAGUAAAUAUAAUUUGUAAUAGGCUGAAUUAAUUAUAUGAAAGAAAGUAUAUGUUUGUUGUGCAGAAUUAAACACAAUGAUUUCCAAACUGUCAUUUACAGUACAAUAUGAAAAUACUACUGUUGACUAAUGUUUCGUUUUUUAAUGGGCUAAAUUUGGCCUUAAUGUGCUUAAAACAUUUCAGUAAAAUAGAUAAAAAUUAAAUAUAUGCAUGCAUAUAUGAAUGGAAAAUGUUUGAAAACAAAUUAUCAAUAUUAUAAAUUAUUAAAAUUUCUCAAUAAAAACUCCAGUGCAGUGUAUAAGAAUGUGUCCUGACAGGGAUAGGAAUAGAGGAAAUUAAUAGUAUUUUCAUACUAGAAGAAGAGUGUUAACAUCCAAAUGGAAUAAAAAUUCCCCAAUGUUAUCCCUUGCCAGCACACUCAUACAGAAGCUCAAUAACUUAACAUAAUCUUUUUAUAACAUUUGUACUCAUAAAUGCUGAACACUUAAUAUUACUUUCUUUGACAGUGCAAUGCAUUCUCCUUGUCCAAGGCUUGAUACAAAUCCCACGCUGAAGAAAAUACAAGCAAACCCCAACUUACAAACAUAAUGUGCUCAUUGAAAUGUGUUUGUAACUUGAAUAUUCAUAAAUUGAAUUUAUUUCUUUUAUAAGAUAUGUCAUUAAAUUUGUUAAUGUUUAUCUGUUAGAUUGUUCAUAAGUGCAGGGUUCUGCUUCCGUUAAAUGAAUUGGAAGUCGUAAUCUAUUAGUCCGUGCAAUGUUCAUAAAUAUAAAUUGUUCAUUUCUUGAAAGUUUGUAAGUAGAGGUUUCCCUGUACAGCAAAUCCAGUUCCCUGAAUCCUUUGCAGUGAGGUUGUAUCAUAUAUACCCUCAAGAAUUUAAAGACAUCUUGAAUUUCUGGGUGAUCAUGAUACAGCUGCAUCAAAUUUGUUGCUUUUAUUUAAAGUGAAAGCCAAAGUAAUUUAUUUUUGGAUACACUUUAAAAUGAAACAUACCUGGCCAAAGCAUUUACUUUGAAGUUGAGCGAGGAAUAUGAAAUCAUCAAUAAUAUUUCAACUCAUUUUCUUCAAGAUGAGUAUCGAAAGCAGUUCACACUGUCCAUGGUCUUCACGGUACUUCAUUGUUGCUUUUAGUCUAACAAACCAUAUGCACAGAUCAAAAUGCCUGGAAAAUGAAUUGUGCAGAAUAAGUUAAAAUAUGCACAUGUAUGCUGAGGUUGUUGGGUGUAUCUGUACACGCACAUUUUACCUCACCAAAUUUAUACUAUGUAUACUUCAACUAAGUCAUCAAGUUUUGGCUUUUUCUAAAGUUUUUUUCAUAUCAUGUAAACAGUAUUACAUUGUAUGAAAAGUAUUUUUUAUCAAAGUGGCGCACAACCCCUUCAAUUCAAAGAGUAUAUUGGCUGUUAAACGCAGCUUUCCUUCCACUUCAUUCAGUAGCAUCUGGUAAUUUGUACUUAAGGCCUAGAACAAGUUCAGCAUCCCACAGACUAAAACUUGAUUGUAAUUAUUUUAAAAAAUUCAUAUGUCACAUAUGAAAUAUCAAUAUCUGGUUUAUAUUCAGUGAGCCAAAGAUAAGCAAUGACUGGGAAAUACGUGAUACUUUUAGUAGUGGAACUUUAUAUGCAAGUGUGCAGCCGACAAUGAAAUUUUAAAGAUGACAAAUCACUUUAACUUAAUCUAGGAUUGUAUUAUCUUUAAAUAAACUGCUUCAAAAUGUUCAUAAACUAGUGAACAGCCAUUGAUAAAUUAUACAUGAUAUUUUUAACCUUGUGAUCAUAAGUCAAUCUCAUACUAUUAAAAGUAGAUGCAUCUAUGAAACCUCCUCAGAUUUAUUGUUUCAUGUCUUCAGUACACUCCACCAAAUCACAUCUGCAUGGUUUCAUAGCACAGCUCAUGAAUUGCAUAAUUAAGCCAGUUAUGGUAACAGCAUGAACAUUUUAAUUUCCUUAAUAU